AUGGCGGAUCCUUACGGAAGCAGUGAUUCUGAAGAUAUUUCUUCGAUUCUUCAAAUUAUUCUCCACAGCUCGUCCUCGUCCGCCGCCGUCAAGGGCAGCGCCGCCUCGGCUCCCGCUGGCGGCUUGUUCUGCGGCGGAGAGGCGCCGGUGCCGCCGGCGAAGUAUUCCUCCGGCGAAGAUUUCUUCGAUCCCAGAAGUUUCGUCGCCAAACAAACUGAAGAAUUUAACCCUUCUGCAAGUACUGAACACUUGGGCUCCGGCUUCGAGGAAUCCGAAGCUUCCGUUUUUCGAACUAAUUCAAAUCCAGCGCGUUCUUCAAAGAGGAGUAGAGCAGCUGAAGUUCACAAUUUAUCCGAAAAGAGGAGGAGAAGUCGGAUCAACGAGAAGCUGAAAGCACUUCAGAGUUUGGUACCCAAUUCCAACAAAACGGAUAAGGCGUCAAUGUUAGAUGAUGCCAUCGAGUAUCUGAAGCAGCUGCAGUUACAAGUUCAGAUGCUAACUAUGAGAAAUGGAAUGAGUAUACAUCCAGGAUACGCACUCGGAUCGCUACCAUCGACAUUAGCGGGCCCACAAGAAGAGGAUCAUCUGGUUAACGGGAAUUCGUUUUCAGAUUCAAACAGAGGGUCGAGCUCACUUCUUAUGCAAAACACAAUGGAGAAUAUUAAUCAAGGCCAUUCGACUCAGCAUAUCACUAACAACACUUCUAAUUCGGUCUUUUUACCGA